AUGAUGCAACAUGCGUCCCCAGCACCUGCAGUGAAGAUGAUGGCCACCCAGAGCGUUCCUCCACCAUCGUACCAGGAGAGCCAACAGAUGACGGGCACCAGUCAACAGAACUCCAAGACCCCACAGGUCCACAUCCCAGCAGCCUCUGCAGCAGGAAAUACCUCUGUCAGCGUGACCCUUGACCCCCAGGCCCAGCUCGAGUCUGACAAAAGGGCCGUUUACAGACAUCCACUCUUCCCUCUCCUGGCGCUGCUGUUUGAGAAGUGCGAACAGGCCACGCAGGGAUCCGAAUGCAUCACGUCCGCCAGCUUUGACGUAGACAUCGAAAACUUUGUCCACCAGCAAGAGCGAGAACACAAGCCCUUCUUCAGCGAGGACCCGGAGCUGGACAACCUGAUGGUGAAGGCCAUUCAGGUGUUGCGGAUUCACCUGCUGGAGCUGGAGAAGGUCAAUGAGCUCUGCAAGGAUUUCUGCAACCGCUACAUCACCUGCCUCAAGACCAAGAUGCACAGCGACAACCUCCUCCGAAACGACCUCGGGGGGCCCUACUCCCCAACUCACACCAGUCUCAGCAUGCAGCAGGAACUAAUUCAGACCUCCUCUCCAUCCAUGACCUCUGUCUCCAGCUCCGUUAACCCUUCGGGGAUUGUGGUGCCCUCUGGAGGCCUGCAACAGGGCAAUGUCGCCAUGACUACCAUCAACUCGCAAAUGGUAUCAGGGGCUUAG